AAAACAAAAAAGAUUCUGUGCAGAAAAGGUCAAACUCCCAGCUUUACUCUUUUCUGCUAUAUAACCCGCUUUACUUUCCACCUUCUCUUUCCACUCUGCUUUCCUUGCUCUUGUUUUGUACGAACCCAUUUCUUCUUCUUUGAUUGCUUGCCUGCCUGCCAUGGAGGAUGGGUUUCUCUUUAACGUUGGAACUCCAUCCACAUUGCCUUACACAGCGUCCAGCUGGAACUCUUCAUCAGAUUGCGAUGGAAACCCGCGUUGGGACGAUUCUUUUUACCAGUACUCCCAAUUAGAGUCCUCCCCUGCCUCCUCCUCCUUCGCGAUACGCCAGCUGAUCGGAAAGCUCGGCAACAUUUGCGACUCGUCUCCUUCGCUUGUAGCUCCCACUCCGGGUUCUUAUUCGGGGAAUAGUGAGGUUACCAUUAAUGUUUCCUGCUAUAGUACACCACUCAAUUCGAUUCCCCUUGACUCGGUCCAUCUGCCGGCGCUCUCAGCCGAUCCCGGCUUUGCCGAGAGGGCGGCUGAAUUUUCUCGUUUCGGGAGCCGCAGUUUCAACGGUAGAAAAAGUCAAUUAGGGCUGAGCAGUAACUGUAAAAUGCCGUACAGAUCCGCCACGAUGUGUAGGGUUUCGAGCACUAAUGGUCUCAAGCAAGCUCGAUCCCCAUUGCAAAACCAGAAAUAUGGAGCUCCGGCCAGCCAAUUGCAUCCGGUUCCGGCCAAUUCAAACGAGGCCUCAUCUGUUUCCGAGCAACUUCCUAGCGGGUCAAUAAGCCCGGGUGAUUUGAAUCCCAGGAAGAGGAAAACAGCCUCCAGAGGAAAAGCUAUUGAAGAUGAUACUGAUGGCGGGAAGGGUGUUGAAACAGAUCAUAAUUCAAGCCCGAAGCGAUCCAAGAUGACGGAUGAUAUUACAGAGGAUUACUGCAGUCAGAAGCACUCCAAGGCAAAUCAGAAGCCCCUGGAGCCAUGUAAGGAUUACAUUCAUGUUAGAGCAAGAAGGGGUCAAGCUACUGACAGCCAUAGUCUUGCAGAAAGAGUAAGAAGAGAGAAGAUCAGUGAAAGAAUGAAGCUUCUGCAAGAUCUUGUCCCAGGCUGUAACAAGGUGACCGGAAAAGCACUCAUGCUUGAUGAAAUUAUAAACUACGUCCAGUCCUUGCAGAGACAAGUUGAGUUCCUGUCUAUGAAGUUAUCAUCUGUAAACCCAAGUCUGGAUUUCAACAAUGAUAAUAGCAUGCCGAAGGAUAUAUGUCAACCCAAUGCAUCCAUGCCACAAAAUUUUCAUGCUAUGCAUCACAACCAGCUGCAACCUCAUCAACAACACAAUAAUUUUUCCAAUGUGGACCCAGCGUUGGAUAGGUCACUCUGCCACAUCAUGGGAAUGCAGUUACCUCCUCUGGAUGGAUUUGGUGAAACCCUUAGUCAGUUUCCUGCUGCUACUUGUGAUGAUGACCUCCAAAGUGUUGUCCAAAUGGGACUUAACCAAACACCAACCCCAGAAAGGAUCUGACUGCAAUUUCGGUUUAUGGAUGGUUACCAUCUUUCUAGUUUGUUGGUAUUAAUUAUUUUGGGUGGAAUCACCAUUAGCUAAUCCUUUGAUUAGAGGUGGAGAGAAGAGGUAAUUGAUUAUUGAUGUACAUAGGAAGAGACUUUUUGCAAGUUUAAGUCUGCUUCGAGGAUUGCUAAUGCCUUAUUUCCUCCAUUUGUCAUCCUUAAUUGUAAUUUAAUUUGGCACCUUUUUUCCUUCGGGAGUUGUAUAUAUUUAGCUGCUGCUACUACUUCCUUCUCAAGUUGUAUAUAUAUUUCCCUUUUUUAAUAUGUCCCUGCUUGGGACUUAUUUCCUUCCAAGGUAAA